AUGAAUAUCGACCGCCCUGCACGUACUAUCCGCCUCCCAUGGAAGGACCGCAAGGAGCUGCUACCUCGCGACGAUGAGACUAUCGUCUCGCGGCGUGUGCCGCUGCCGGCGUUCCUCCCAAAAAGUGUCAAAAACCACUUCAUUGCCAUGAUGGCGGAAUUCGCAGGCACAUUCAUGUUUCUGCUUUUCGCCCUCGGCGGAACGAAUGUUGUUAAUGGCGCACCUGUCGACGCACAGCCUUCCGAUCUAGCUGCGAAUCCGGCAAAGAUUUUGUUCAUCUCACUUUGUUUCGGUAUGAGCUUAGCCGUCAACGCCUGGGUUUUCUUCAGAAUUAGCGGAGGCCUAUUUAAUCCCGCGGUAUCGAUGGCCAUGAUGCUCGUUGGUGCUGUUCCGUAUCUACGCGGCUGCCUCGUCAUUAUUGCUCAGAUCCUCGGUGGCAUUGCAUCGUCGGCAGUGGUCUCUGCCAUGCUCCCAGGCCCACUCAAUGUCCGAACAAGCCUCGGAGGCGGAACUAGUGUCGUUCAAGGACUGUUUAUUGAGAUGUUCCUCACCGCGCAACUCGUCUUCACGAUCUUCAUGCUCGCGGCUGAGAAACACAAGGCAACUUUCGUCGCGCCGAUCGGCAUAGGUCUAUCACUCUUCAUUGCCGAACUCAUGGGUGUAUACUAUACCGGCGGCUCUCUCAAUCCCGCACGCUCUUUUGGACCCUGUGUGGUCCUUCACUCCUUCCAUAGCUAUCAUUGGAUCUACUGGGUUGGUCCCAUCCUCGGCGCGCUUCUCGCCUCGGGCUUUUACAUGUUCAUCAAAGCCUUAGAAUAUGAAUCAGUCAACCCAGACCAGGAUGCCGGAGGAAAAGAAGGCAUUCAUUUCGAUCCUUCCACUCAAACCGAGAAGAAGAUUGACCUCGACACUGUAAGACCACACCCUGCAAUUGAUCCCACACGCACCCGUACUGAAGUGGUCGAGGGGAGGGGUAACAGUGCUGACCGUACUAUGGCCUACGGGAGGGGUCCGUCCAUGGAGGCUGGUGUGGGUUCACCGCUGCCUUAG